AUGUGUACUCCUAAGCAAGUAGGUGGGAUGGAUUUUAGAAAUUUCGAAGCACUUAAUGAAUCCUUGCCUGCUAAACAACGUUGGAGGAUCCUUAAAAUUCCUGAAUCGUUGUCUAGCAAGGAAUUGAAAGCUAAAUAUUUUCAAAAUUCUGAUUUUUUAUUGGUAGAGAAAUGUCGGCAUUCUUAUUAUCUUUGGACAAGCCUCAUGGAUGCCAGGAGUUUAUUGGAAGACGGGUUUAAAUGGCUUAUAGGGAAUGGUCUUAAUGUUCAUAUUUGGCAGGAUUAUUGGUUUCCUAAACCAAAUACCACUCUAAUAGAACAAUUUUUUGGGCAAGAGGAAGCGCGGUUGAUAUUGAAGCAACCAUGGGGAUCAGAAUUUAUAGUUGAUACACUAUGUUGGUCAGGAACAACAAAUGGAGAAUAUUCAGUUAAGAGUGGUUAUCACAAGUCUAUGGAGAUUAGGCGUAGAAGUUUGGCUUCUUCAUCUGGUUGCAAUUCAAUGUCCUUCGGUAGAGAUGCAUUUUGUGCAAGUACUAAGAAACUACAGAAGAUGGAUGGAAUCUUCACAGAUAAGACUGUCUCGACUCUGACUAGAGGAGUGGUUUGUAAUGAAAGAGGAAAGGGUCCUCGAAGAAAUUAUAUAAAAAUAAAUUGGGAUGCUGCAAUUGAAAAUCAUGAUAAUUAUACUAGCCUGGGAGUCAUAUAUAGAGACAUGUAUGGAGAUUUAAUGGUCAAUAGUUCUUUAGUGAGGAAGACUACUCUUGAUCCCACCCAUGCAGAGGCGAUGGGGGCACUUUAUGCAGUUCAGAUGGCUUUUGAGUUGGGAUUUCUUCUUAUUAUCCUUGAAGGAGAUUCUAGUCUUGUGGUAGAGGCAAUUAGAGGGGAAGAGAUGAGGUUAUCAACUUGGGGAGCGGUAGUCAUGGAGAUUCAUCGGUUGCUAUCCUAUUUUGUCAGUUGGUCGGUACAUCAUGUUCAUAGGAAGUCCAAUUAUGCAACUCAUUGCUUGGCUAAGUUUGUUGUCCUGGACCAACAAUGGAGCAUUUGGAUUGAGGAUAGCCCAGAAUGUGUGUUGUCUAUAGUGGAGAAGGAAAAAGUGAACUGCGGAUGGGAGGAUUGUUAA